UGGUUAUUACUCUACUAUGUUUUAUCUAGCUAUCAUAAUAUAAUCAUUAACCAUUAUGAAUUAUGAAAUGUCAAGUUUUCUUUUCAGGGACUGCCGACUGACUUAUCCUCAGUAGAGGUAUGAUAACACUAUCAUAUGAUAUGAUACUAUUAUUGAUUAUCCCUUUGAGGUCUGAGCGUAGAUACUAAACAGUAGACCUCAUUUAAAAUUAAGAUGACAAAUUUUACUAUUUACGUAAUCAUAGGAUAAAUUUUUUUAAUUACCUUAACUUACCCAGUUAUUUCUCCACGAAACCUAAUAAUUAAUAUGCUAUAAGCAUUUUCUUUAUUUUCAGUAUAGUGAAAAUCUAAUAUUUUUUAUUAGAGUUUUGCAAUUAUUUAAAUUGAACUACAUGUGUGAUUUAAAAAACAAUGAAUACAAAAACUAGUAAUAAUAUAUGCUUAACAAAUGUAGUAGAUAAUGAAAUAUUUACGUACCCGAUAAUAUUACUUAAAGGAUGUAUACAAAACGCAAAUAAUGAUAAAUCUCAAUUUCUAAUUAAACAUAUUUCAGUUAAUAACAAUUAUUGUGAUACAUCUUUAUGGACAAUUUAUAACAACAGAUUUAAAGUAAUAAUAGAAUUAAAAAUUGGCAAUAACAAAAUUAUUUUUAAGUACGGAGAAGAUUUAUUACAAAUAGAUGUAAUUUUUAAACCGCGAACAACUAAAUAUACUGUGAGUCCUGUGUAUGUGAUAUGUGCUGAUCACGAUGGAAAAUUUCAGGCUCCAAACAAUUAUGACAAUUCAGUAGAAAUAGCGUGUAAAAAGAUAUUAUUGGGCUCAAAGCUAAUUCAAAUGUUAACCGCAGAGAAAAUGGAUGAAAAAGGUUUCGGAAAAAAAACAUUCUACAUGGAAACGGAAUGUCAAAUAAUCAAGAGUUCUCUUACAAGACAGAUGGUGUUUAAUAUGAAUCCAGAAAAAUUAUGGCAACACAUUGCUAGAGAAUUAACUGCAAAUCAAAAUUCAAAAAAUAGAAAAUUUUUGGCCUUCUUAUCGUGCACAUAUUGGGAUGGAGAAAAUUUACAUGGACAUGUUGCAUUAGGAGGAGGAGGAUUAGCAUUGUUUGGUACCGGAUGUCUUUACACGUGGCCAAGUCAACUGAAAGAAGUCUUACAGUGUUUCACUAACAUGAAAAAAGUCGAUACCAAUGUAUUGUUGGACGACAGUUGCUUUAGGGGAAACUUCGGGGGAUGUUUCAGUACAACGUUAGGGUCAGUAUGGCAUGAAAUCGGGCAUACAUUUGAUUUGGGUCAUACAAAAUAUGGUAUAAUGGGCAGAGGUUUUGAUAAUGUUCAUUUGACUUUUACAUUGGAUAAUAUAAAUAUGGCACAAGAAAGUAUAUCUAAUAGAAAAAGGUAUAUUGUAUGUAUUGAAAAUUGUAUAAACAACUACAAAGCCAAAGAAGAUUUGUCCAACAACAAUAGUGUCAAUAACAAAACUAAUUUAUAUGCAAAAUCAGACGAGUGUGACACAACAACCAAUUGUUGGUCAAAUGGUUGUGCAGCAAUACUCUUGUUUCAUAAGUGGUUUAACAGUUAUGAUGAGGAAAAAAGUAAUGGUCCUCAUUAUGUAGUGAAAAGAAAUUUAUUAACAUCAACAAAAGGGUUGAAAGUUGUACAGUUAAGACGUGAUGAUGGAUUUGUCACACAUUCAUGGGAGUUCCUGAGAAAUAAUAAUAAACAGACAUUUAUUCUUCCAGUACAACUAGCAACAAUCGGCACAACAAUUGUGGCUGAAGAUUCAAAUGGAAAUAUUUUAAAGCACUCAAUUUAAUUUUUUAGAUUUUACAGAUUUUAUUAAAUGUUAAUUUGUCACUCAAUUUAUAUAAAAAUAACAUAAUUAUUUUAAAAUUCAUUAAGCACCUUAUAGUACGCCUAAUAUGCUUAAAAUAAAUAAAACAUGACUUAAUUUUAAUGCAAUUAUUACUUAAAAAAACAAAAAUGUUAAACUAUUUUUUAAUUAACAACACUUAAUUUAACAGUAUUAUUUAUAU